CUCUCUAUUCACAGCCGUUAGUCGCCAUUUUGAGACGUGCAAACACCGGUAGGAGGCGGUUGUUACGCAGCAAAUCUACAACGUUUUUUUUUUGUAUUUUAACAAAACUUUUCACUGAUAGAAGAACCAAUGUCUCGAUUUAACAAUAACCGCGGUGGACUUGGGAUGAAUCACUUCCAGCCACGCAGAGGCGGUGCUCCCGGUGGCCCGAUGCGGGGUGGAAUAAUGGGAAACCCACAUUUCAGGAACCAUCCCUUUCAAAACCAGAACCAAAAUCGGAGGGGACCAAAUAAUAACUUCAACAAACCACCUAAUCAGGGACCACAGACGACUCCACAGAAGCCACAACAGAACCAGCCUAUCAUCCCUCCGCCGAGUCCCGGCCCGGCUCUCACGAUGAAAGGCCCGAUGCAGCAGCAGCAGAAACCGGCAACGCAACAAGAGCAACGGAAGCCGGUAACCCCCUCGCCUCAGCCGAAGAUUCAGUCCCCACCGCCGAAACCCAACAUGACAUCCCCUCAACCUAACCAGGCAAACAAGAACCAGAAUCAGAACCAGCAGCUGAAGUCACCGGUAGGAAAUGCUAACGGGCAAAAGCAGCCCCCACAUCCGAGCCCGAAGACCGGGCCACAGCAGGGCCAGAAAACAGGCCCCCAACAAGGCCAGAGGACAGGGCCACCGGCGAUGAAACCCAAACAGCAGCCAGAAGAGGCAGAGAAAAAGACCAUACACACAGACGCGGCCGAGUCAGACGGGAGCUCAGCAGAGGGCUUUAAGGCAACGCUGUCCAUGCUGCUGAAACCCGGUGAGAAGACAUACACACAGCGGUGUCGUCUGUUCAUCGGUAACUUGCCCAGCGACAUCACAGAGGAUCAAUUCAAGAGGCUGUUUGCAAAAUAUGGAGAGCCCAGCGAGGUCUUUAUCAACAAAGGAAAAGGCUUUGGUUUCAUCCGACUGCAAUCCCGUGCCCUAGCAGAGAUCGCAAAGGCAGAGUUGGAUGACACACCAAUGAAAGGCAGACCUCUGCGUGUCCGAUUUGCCACACACUCUGCAGCUUUGUCUGUGAAGAACCUGUCACCAUUUGUCUCCAACGAGCUCCUGGAAGAAGCUUUCUCACAGUUUGGGAUGGUAGAGAGGGCCAUUGUCAUUGUAGAUGAUCGUGGGCGGUCCACAGGAAAGGGUAUUGUUGAGUUUGCCUCCAAACCUGCUGCCAGGAAAGCCCUGGACCGAUGCAACGAGGGCGUCUUCCUACUCACCACGUCACCCCGGCCCGUUAUCGUUGAGCCUCUGGAGCAGUUUGAUGAUGAGGAUGGUCUUCCAGAGAAACUGGCACAGAAGAACCCCAGAUAUCAAGCAGAGCGUGAGGAACCUCCUCGCUUUGCCCGUCCAGGCACUUUUGAAUUUGAGUACUCUAAGCGGUGGAAGUCACUUGAUGAAAUGGAGAAGCAGCAGAGGCAGCAGGUGGAGAAGAACAUGCGUGAGGCCCGUGAGAAGCUUGAGAGCGAGAUGGAGGAUGCUUACCAUGAGCACCAGGCCAACCUACUCAGACAAGAUCUGCUGAGGCGACAGGAAGAACUGCGACGAAUGGAGGAGUUGCACAGUCAGGAGAUGCAAAAGAGGAAGGAGAUGCAGCUCAGACAAGAAGAAGAGCGACGCAGGCGCGAGGAGGAGAUGAUCCGUAAGAGAGAGAUGGAGGAACAGAUGCGCCGUCAGCGUGAGGAGAACUACAGGAUGGGCAACUUCAUGGAUAGGGAUAGGGAGAUGAGAAUGAAUCCCAGUGGAGCUAUGGGCAUGGGUGAUAUGCCUUUUGGUGCAGCCAAUCAGAAGUUCUCCAUGGGUGGAAUGGGCUUUGAGGGACAGCAGGGAAUGGGACCGUCCCCAGGAGGCUUGAUGGGCAACGAAAUGCGCAAUGAGCGCUUUGCCCAGGGCGGCCCUAGGGGAAUGGGUCCUGGUAACAGCGGGUAUGGCAGGGUCCGUGAGGAGUUUGAUGGUCCCGCUAAGAAACCCCGUUUUUAAACGCUGCUCUUUGAUGCUCCCAGCAGCAACGUUUGUAUAGAUUCUCCAACACAAAUAUGUUGAGUCGCAUUUCUUGUAUUUAAGUUUAAAUUGUUGCUACAUUUUAGCUUGACAAUUUACUCAUUUUAUGACAAAGUCAAUAUUUUCAUUUUUUAUUUUGUAUUGUCAGUAGUAUGGAAAGGUAGGUCACCCUCGUGUGAUCCGUUAGAUCUUUCUGACCCAUGUACAUUUUCUUUUCUAGAUGUAUUAUGCUCUGUGAGUCGCCGUGAAGUGAUAAUUGUAACAUUUUUCUCAACUUUCUAUGGCUGUGUUUUGUGCCAUACAUUUGGAGUCAAAGCAUGUAUUAUAAUAAAGGCAAAUUGGUUCUAUCAGGACAAACCGUUAACAUUUAUUCCUAAAACUUGAAACGUACAUUACGUUCCAAGAGCAAACCAAGUGGUUGUUUGCACAACUGAAAUAACGUGGAUACAGCUGCCACAUCAGGUCUUAAAGGGUCUAUGUGUUAUCUCUGCCACAGUCCUGACCUCUUUCAUUCAGAGAUGCGUUUAACACAAUUUUAAAAACUCAAAGCAUUGCCCUGCUCGAAGCAGAUACUUGAUGCAAAUGCUUCACUGCGUCCUUAUCUUCUUCAUUUUCCAACCAUCAAAUUCAGAUAAUUAGCAGACACCUGUUAUAUGUCUUUUCAGUACACAAUGUCAGAAUUUAUUAUACUUACAACAAAGUAGUAAAGACUGGUAAAGAUGUUUAGCAUGUGCUAACAUGUUUAUACACCAGGUAGCACCUAGCACAUAUGAUUGUAUUGUACAGGAAGCUCAAUUUAUUAUGUAGUUGUAAUACACAACUUUUCAGUUCCACUCCACAAACACUGCUCUCAGUGGAAAGUGAGAAAUUAAGUUGUUUUUUAUAUUUAAGUGGGAACACUAAGUUGUUUCAUUCAGUAACUCUGCCUUGAAGUCAGUCGUCAGGAGAGCAGAGAUACUACACAUAGAACCUUUAAAACAGCUUGUGGUAUUUAUAGUUUUUGGUUGUGGGUUAACCAGUCGACAGACAUUGGGCUCCUUACUAACACAUUCUGCUCAUAUCACAUACACACAGUUCACAUUAGUGUGUGUCUCAUGUGCAUGUCCUGAGCCUGGGGUAACUGACUACGUUUACAUGCAGUCCAACUUAUUGAAGAAUUACAGCAAUUUACGGCCUGCAACUAGCAGUUAGUGUUUUCACCUUCUUAGGAGCUGGAUUGUGUUUUUAAAUUGUGAUAAGAUAAACACAUAUAAAAGUGACAACCCAGUUGCUACUGAGCUACUUGAAUUGGGGUUUUGAUGACAUGGUUGAGUUUUAUUUACCUUAAUCACAUGCUAUUGGACACAAUGAAGCAUUUAAAUGCACCUGUGGCAGUGACAUUGGUGUAAAAGACGGAGUUGUAGUUUGUAGGUGCUGACCAUGUACUAAAGAAUGUAAUGCCAAUUGUGGUUAAGUCAAUAAGACGACCAUAAUUUUGUCCCUCUACGUGGCUACAGUAUAGACCUCUACAGUAUAGACAUGUUAACAGCUGCAUGGAUGAUGAUGUCCAGUGAGUUAGGCAGAGUAUUCUUUACAAACCUGCAUGUAAACGUAGUCAUUUUCAGUUGUGGCCAUUGGGUGCAACAGAGUUGUAAGGAAGUCUUUGCUAAAGGAACUGGCAUAAAAUCCGUAUCUGGAUCUAAUGUCCACGCUACAGUCACAAUAUUUGCCUUUGCAUGACUGGCAAGGACAGUUAAGUAGUCUUGUUUAGUGCUCAGUUUCAAAAGCACGUUAACCACUUCAUAAAGAAAAAUAUCAUCUGUGGAUAAAAAUGUCAGUCCUUACUUAUAAGAAAGGGGUCGCCUCUUCAGAUAGAGUUUCAGUUACAUAUGAAAGUCAGUAAUUCACUGACAAAGCACUCACUGAGCUGGAGCUGUAAGAAGACAAGUAGCCCAGAGUCUAAAUCCUGUGCACUUUUCAGAAUUAUGAGUGAGUUGAACAGCAUGGAUGAGACUUGUACGUGAAGUUACAGCCUGCUGCAAAUAAUCCAUUUUUUGUCACUGUCAAUACAAACUGACGUUUCUCAUUGUCAACUUUGUGAACCCCCUAUUACAUCCUGUCACUCCACAGAAGAACGACUGAUCACAAUUACUGGUUAAAUGAUAUCAUUCUGACUUCAUAUUGUUUCGCACAGAUACAUUUUCAAAUGCCUUGUGCCAUAAACCAGCCAUGUGGCUGAAAGAAGUGGUAAUAGACAAACCAUAGUAUAUAACCUGUGCGCAGCUGAGGACCACAGCGCUUUCAUUUAGUUUUUUCUGCUUUUGACUUAUUGUUGGGCCAACCUUGGACAACAAAUAACACUUGCCUCUUACCAUUAACUGGUUUACAUUUAUAUCUGUCCAUGGACCAGAUGUUUGUGCUUUGGAAGCAUGAUGUGUUUAUGUGCUUAAAUAGUGGCAUCUGUGGAAAUAGUGGUGAGAGCCCAUAAACUGUAUCUAAAGAAAAAUGUUUAACAGCUUCCAGAGUCUGAGUAACUCAGUAAUUGCUUACCUACACCAAUGACCUUCUAACCAGGCUUCAAAGCCUUGAAAGUGACAUCUUUAACAGUUUGGUCCUGACCUUUCUCUAGAGGAAGUUCAGAGGAGAGAACAAAACAUUUAUGAUUUUUGGAAGAUCCCCUUCAGACAUAUUUUAUGGUGCACAGACAUUCUCUUCUUUGUGUCUGAUAAGAAAUGGAAUUACCUUACAAUAUUAUGGAGAGAAACCUAACAGUUCCCACCAUUAGCAACCACUUGGUGACAGUGGAGAGGAAAAACUCCCGUUUAACAAGAAGAAACACUGACAGAACUGGACUCAGGGUGGGCGGCCAUCUGCCUCAACCAGCUGGGUUGAGAGGAGAGAAAUGGGGGAGCGAAAAGAAAGAGGGGGGAGAGGGAGGAGAUAACUAGAGACAAGAUGUCUUCCCACUUCACUGAAAGGUCUGUUGUCUAUUGUUUGUACUCUGGACGCUUCUACAUCUUGUAAAAGUUGUAUUUUGGACCUCCAUUGUUUUGUCACAAAAUCCUGCUCGUACUCAGUUUUGAGAGAAACUCGGAGAGGUUUUCGUUAAUGUCACCUGGCAUUUGAAAUUCACUCUGCUGCCCUCUCUGGCUCCUCCCAAACAAUGAUGCCAUUUUCUGUUCAGAGAUAUUAUGACAUCACUUUGGCAUCAAAAGGACACCUACCACCAUGCACUGACUUGCCUUAGCAAGCAUUUUUCAUAUUUAUAUAGUAGGCGGGGUUGGAUUCACACAAGUGAGUGUAAGUAACCCGUUGAGACUAUGUGCAUUUCAUUCAUUUUUCUUAAACCUUGACAAGAAUAAUUAUUACAUUUAACUGCAAUUUAUGUGAUAAAAUAUAGUCCAUACAACUUGGCUCCACCAUUUUGUGGACAGUGAUUUUACUUGUGUUCACAUUAGCUUCUGUUUUUAUCUUCUGUCACAGCUUUUAAUGUUUAACCCUUGGUUACGUUUUCCUUAUGCCAUUAUUUCUUUCAUUUUAAAGAUGAACAACUAGUGGCUUUCCACCUUAACUUUGAAGUCACUUGCAUAGUCCAAUGGCUGACAACAUUUGGACCUAAUGGGAUGACUCCAGUGCAUCCUAUGGUAGUUUAUCAACUGGCUAAAGAUGGCCAAGACAUCAAGAACCUUUAAAUUUAAUUGCAGUGUUUAUCUUGUGCAAAGUAUCAUAAUGUACCCUGCACAAUAACUAUACAUUUUUACUUGCUUAUGAAAGUAUCCUAAGUAAAUCUUGCUUCUUUGUGUGGCAUUUGAAAACCCUGCAUUUGGUAAUUCUGUUGGAUAUCAUGGAGUGUACACCUGAAAUGUUACGUGUGUUUGUGUUAUGUACAUUUUUUCUUUAACAGGUUUGACCAGCUUUAAAGAUUGUGGACUGUGGAGGAAUAUGUGGCUGUGUAGCGUGGACUCGUAAAUACUUGAGCAAAAUACAACACUGGUUAGCAAAAUUCAGUUGGAACUGUGCAAAAGAUUACAAAGAAACUGCACAGAGGUUUGGAGCAAGGAUGAUAUUUGUCAUCAACAUUUUGACUCGAGUCAGUUAAAUACAGAUUGAAAGUUGGGUUAAAAUGCAGAUUUAGUCAUGUGGCAUUAAUUUUGAAUGACAAAUUCAUGUGAAACCUGUAGAUAGAACAAUUACGAACACAAGGACACCAUUGACUUAAAGUCGCACAAUUAAUUUUCCUAAAUUUUUACAGAGAUAACAUUGAAUGUUUGAUCUUUAUUCAUAGAAAAUAAGAUUUUGCUCUUGUGGCUAAAACGUGAGUAUUUUCAUCUUUUAUCAAAUGAUGUGGACAAGUAAAUUCUUACAAUUAAUAUUUUUAUGUUUAGUUAUUGCAGACCAGCGUCAUUAGUUCAACAAAACGUAUGGGAAUGGACUCAGUUUCUGUAGUUUCAGAUGUGAAAUUUCUUCACCUGUUUACAACUGCUGUAUUUCUGGAUCAGUGCCAGUGUAUUUGUUGUUUUUCAAAUCUCCAUAUAAAACUAACCAGUCAUGCAACAUAAUAAUGGCUUACUGGACUUAAUGGUGAAUUUUAUUUACCUUGGCCAAGAUCGGCUUAGAUGGUUAUUCCAGACUUGAUAUUCUGUAGACGGCCUCUAGUGAGAUAUGUUUAUUAUCUAGGUGGCCGAUUUUGUCAGUAAUGUACUGGAAAUUAUAAAAUAAAUGACAAAUGAAUUGUUUCUUUCCUCACUUUAUCGAUAUGGAUAAGGAGAUUUUUCGACUGACCACUACAAGAGCUUUGUGCUCUUUUGGAAACAGACUGUUUAGAGGACUGUCCAGUGGCUGCCUUCAGCACUUGGAUGUGGACUAUUAGAUUAAACUACAUCCACUUGAAGUAACUUCUCUUGAUCAGAUAUCAAAUGAAGAAUUGGAGCACAACAUGAAAUAAUAUUUAAUACUUUGAGAUUGGUAAGAUAAUUAUGCAUUUUUAGUACCACAAGUGUGAAAAAUUAAAGAUCAGUAUGCUGUUUACACACAUAUUACUAACAUAAUCUAAUUUGGUUUAUAGUAAAUUCAUGUUAAAAAAUCAUUUUAAAUUAGGUAAUGUAUUUCUAAAUUAUGUCCGAUUAUUUUAGGCUUUUGCCAAUGUAAAAAACAACUUGAUCAGAGUUUUCCUUCUCCACACAGCGUCUGAACAUCCUACAAAUACUCAGGUAGAUUUGGUGAUACAAUUGGACUGAAGUGUAAAUUUUAAAACUUGUAAUGUUAUGUCUGUGUGUUGGUGUUGUGUACCAUUUGUUUUUCUUUAACAGGUUUGACCGUCUUUAAAGAUGUUGGACUAAAAGAAGGAACUUUCGAAACCAAGAAAUUCAAAGUCAGUUGGUAACAAAAAAGGUUAGCAGUUAUUACAUCAGCUGAAGCUGUAUGCAGCUUCUGUCAGAGCAGGUUUGUCAAAGACAAACUGUAACUUUCAAGGACCAAGUAGCACCUGUUUUUUGAAGAAUUUACAGUUAUUGAUCAUGACGGGCGGUGGCUCUGUAGCUUGAACUGCAGCUUGGAAAGUUGGAAGAUCUUAACAUUUGUCUCUUGCACAAGUAAAGACGAUUGAACUGAGGUUCAGAACAGGGAUGUCCCUUAUUGCCAACCUUUUGACUUCAUAUUAUUGGAGUAAAAACAAGCCUUUCAGACAUGAAUUCCUUUUCUGAUGGCAAUUUAACAUGUAAGUUUCCUGGAUACUUUACUGUAAAAGUCAUGAUUGCAAACCUAGCAGGUUGGACCCAAUACUAUUUCUAUAUUCCUUUCAACAUGGACCCAGUCUGAUUGAGUGCAGUCACAUUGAUGGAUUUGUGUGCACACUGUGCCUACCAGUCAUGUCAGUCUUGGAAGUGAUGCUUAAGAACACACAAUCAAAUGCCAGACAUAAUUCUGAAAUGGCAAGUUUGACUGCAAAGAAAAUGUGUUUUUGAGGUUCUUGGAUAACAACACAAACAAAAGCGUUUUUGUAAAAAUGGCUGGAAUUUGGUCAGACACCAAUUUCAGAGAGCUCAUAGGACGAGAUAGUUCGAUUCAAAAUUCAGUAAUUAAUUGCCAUAUCAAUUAUUGAUUGGACCAACCAAAGCUUUGACACUGACCGUUUUUAUGAGAAGCUUGUAGUCGAGAUUAGUAUGAGAUGGCACCAAGCGCACUUAACAGACAACACAAUAAUGUAUCAGCAGUUUUGGAACAGGAAUGUCUGUUGCCAACACGUUUUGACUGUAUUAUUGAAGUAAUUAAGACUUGGCACUGAUGUUUUUUAGGAGACUUAUGUAGAGGCAGAAUCAGACACUAACAGACCAUUACAGAGGUCUGAAAUGGUGUUCCCCCUAUUUCCAAUACAUUUUGACAUCAUUAUUGAAAUAACACAAAUCUAAGCUUCGACGUUGAAAUUUUUAAAGUUCAGAAGUUGAGUCAAGAUUUGUUUGAAGUUACCACCAAGCACACUUUUCACAGAUUUUAAAAUAACCGUUUCUGAGUUUUAGAAUGGGGACUUCCCCUAUUGCCAACAUAUUUUGACUUUGCGUCUUUGAAGUGAAAAUUGAAACCAAAGCUUUGGCACCAAUGGUCUUAAACAGUAACUAUAGUACAGAAGUCUGAAACCAGGAUUGCCCCUGUUACAACACUUUUUGGCCCAAUCGCAGUUCCCUGUCUUGGCCUUACCCCUAGUAUAGGGUAUUGACCCUUCAGAACAUAGCUACAGGGGUAAAGGUUGAAAAUUUCACCAAGGACAUGGGACACCAGUCGUUUCUCGUUCUGGAAAGUAUUCUUCUACCCCUACAAUAAUCUACCUCUUGAGGGGUAGUUGACCACUACCCCUCGAUCCCCAAAAGAAUGGGCCAAAUGGUAGCACCAAGGGUGGGAAUUGGGAUUAGGCCUUAGACUUUGCAUCACUGGCAAAAAACUGAAACUAAAGCUUUGACACUGAUGUUCUUAAAAAGAGGCUAGUUGUCAAAAUUUGUUCAAAGGCCUCAUGGUAUUUAACCCCUGCACCCUAUCCUUAUUAGUCCUACCUGGCACAACCAUCUUUAUUCCCCAACCUACCUGAGGCAGGAAGUCCCAUGCACCUUUCGGUUGAAGAGAGGAUGGCGUGUUGUGCCUGUGUGUGUGUACGUGUGUGUGUGUGUGUUUCAUGUCUUUGGGUAAAUGUGAGGUGCGUUAGCUGCUGUCAGCCAGCUUGUCAGAGACAGGCUGCCCCAGUCCACAGUAGAGGCUCUUCUCUGCAGUUGGGUUACAAUGACGAUGAGUAGUUCUGCAGAAGUCAGUGGACAGUAAAGCCUGGACUUGUUUGCACUGCAGCCAGAGGUAUGCUUACACAGAUCAGCUGAACGAGUAAGGUAAGUGUCCCAUCCAUGUUUAUAAUACAAGAUGCAUAGUUCUCCCAUAACUUAACUCUUCUUUCCCACGUCACGGCUCAGAGUGACGUUUACAGGGCUUCUGGCAUCACACUUAACAAAGAAUGGUAUCACAGUGCAGAUCUCGGUUCUUCAACCUUUUUGUGUGUGGGUGCGACGAAGCAUUAUAGCCCGUGCAGUGUGUGUGUAUGUGUGUGUGGUUGUAGUACUUCGGCUUCUCUGUAUGUAUGCACGACAACAACUGAGUGGACAGCUGAGUCACUGGUUCAACAUCACAGUUUCAAAACACAGAUGUGUGGAAAUACAGUGCUGAAACUUGACACACCUUCAGUGUCAAGUCAAAAGAAAGGGUAUCCAGUGUUUAUUUUUUGGUAUUGCAAGUAUUAAAACCAACUGAACCAUGAACUUGUAGGUGAUGAGCAGUGGAAACAGGCCAGUUGUGUUGAGUCAAACACAAAGUCCAAUGUAUAUGAUGGCAUUUUUCUUGUUUUGCACCUCUUUUACAUCUAAAACAGGUCCAGUGGUGCGGUGAAGACACCGUACCAAAACUGAUUAUUUCUACCUUAGUGCCUUCAGUAAUGACAGAUUUUUAGUUUAUUAACUCCGUGCCUAAAGCCAAUCUUAGUCUCUCAUGCACAAACGUGCAGUUGUCCCAGUGUGGAUCACUGUAACAUAAUCACUUAUUAAAACCAUACAAACUGUGUAAAAUGUGUAUUAGUUGGCACUUUCGUGUCCGUCACUGAGUAUCACUCCUCCUGACUCCCUUUGUCAAACAGCAUAUUUUGUGGUACUGGGGUGGGAUGCCUCUGCAGUUUUUAAGUAAAACAUGUUGCAUACUGCUCGGGUUAUUCUGGGUGGGAAGGUCGAGCAUGAAAAUGUCCGACAUGUUUUAAUCAAUGCUCCAUGCAGUUUGCUGUACUUUGAUCUUUACACCACAACCUCUGUGACUCGUGUGUUUGUAUAGAUGGAGUUUGAUGUGGAUUUUAUCUUUCUGUUGAAGGAUGAAAAUAUUUUACUGAUAAUGGCUGAUCUCCUCAUGAGUUACUUCACUUUCAGUUCUUUGCUUUUUGUUCAACCUGUCUGUUGAAUAAUGGGCUGUUAACUUUAUGACCUAAAGUAUCAACACAGCCAGUUUGCCUGACUACUACACCAAUGCCUUAUUCACAAUAGAUAAGUGUUGUAUGGGGAGGGGAUACAAAGUCAACUUUGAGCCUAUAUUGAAAAAGGAAAGUAAGGAGGAAUUUAAAAUGCAAUUCUUUCAGUAAUUUCCUUCAAAUGGAAAAAGAACCUAAUUGCUAAUUUUAUGUAACACCUCUAAAGGGGCCUCUACAAUUUGACACUUUGAACAGACCCAUUUUAGUAUUCAGUUACAGGCCUUUAAUCACCUCGCUAACAGCCAAAGAGUGACUGAUGGCUUCUCAAAACCCUCUCACUGUAAAUCAGAGGUAAAGGGAUUAGAUGCCUCCUGUGACCAGAAAAGCUUCUGCUGUUUCUGGUCCCAGUUUCAACAGUCUGAGCUGCAGCUGUGGCUGCUUUAAAACCCUCUAUAGAGCACAGAUGCUGCAGUUUGAUUAAAAAACACACUCCUACUUGGAGUCAUAGCUCAGUCAAAUCAGUGUUUCUUUAACCUCCUGUGGAAAUCACAUCUUCAGUGUCCAUUGCAAUUAAAUGUCCAUUAAACUGCUUAGAAAUGUCUUCGUUGUAACUGCAGAAAAUAGUCAUGUUUUUAAGUUUUCUUCACUCUACACAGGAACUACUCAUAGUUAAUUCAGCAUACCUUUAUGGUGCCAAUUUGUUGAAAUAUAAUCCAAGUUUUUGCCCCCGGUGUAACUCCAUGAAUGUGAAUCCAUGGCAACGCCUCUGGUUUCCAAAGCAUUAUGGGAACUGUAGUUACAAAACUUAAACCAGUGGUCAAAGCAAAGGCCACAGCAGACCUGUGUUAAUGUUGAGUUGUUGAUUAUUUCUCGUCCUGUUGGCAGUCAGUGGUGCGUCACAGGAAAAAUGUGAGAUGUAGUUCUUCUGUUAGAAUAAAAAUGUGUGGUAGUGCUGGACUCUUGCUUUCCUUUCCUCUCUACUCUCAGUACUCAGCACAGUCUUUAUCAUACAUUUGUCACACACUCUGUUACACUCGGACGCCCUGUCAUGCCAGUGACCAGCCCGCCAUGUUGACAAGGUACAAACAGUACAUGACGACUGUGGCCAUUUUCCUUUUUUUUUUUGCUCAUAUGUAGGAGUUGUCUCGUAGCUGCGAAGGAUCACGGUGCUUCCUGGAGUUUAUGCCUCUCACACGAUCUUUGACUCAAGAGGAAACCUCACUGUGUUCAGUCCCUGCCAUGAAUCCAGCCCUGGAGGCUCUCGAGAUGUAUCUUAUCUGCACUGUGAUCCAUUUUCAAACUCAAGUCCUGAAUCCUGAUUUGGCCCAAAAUGUUUUCCAUGUCCCGUUUCAGAGUGUGAUGCCAGAAUGACCCAUUUGGCCUCUUAACGGCCUCACUGAAAACGACCCAACUCCUGUACAGGGUUACUCCUCUGUCAUGUGCAGCUCCCAGUUCUGUUUGGGGUUUUGCAGUAACACCCCUGAUGUGUCAGUUUGAAGUCCAGCUUCACACGGCUUGGCAACAGAAUUACCUUCCCCCGAGGAUCGCAACAGAUUUGAAUGUCGUCGUCCUGAAUUUGUCUCGUCCCCUCUGCAGUAUCACAACAUAUGAAUCUACGUCAGUGUGCCGAGAUGCCUUUUCAAUGUCUCUGCCUGUAUGUCAGCUUCGUCACACUACAUAUUUGAACCUCUCCUCACUCUGACAUACACAUCAAGUUAUUCAUUCUUAAUGCAUGUUCCUACAUCAUAUCCUGUGUUUACAAUUUUAAAAUAUGUUUGGUUUUAUUUUGAACUUCCGGUUUCAACCAACACAAACACAUGCACACACAAACCAGACGCACACACAUAGAUACACAGGCUGUCAUUUUGUCUUUUCAAGGUGGCAACCUCAAAACAGUAACACUAUUUAAAACAAACCCAAGAAAAAAGUAAUGGUUGAAAGCUGCUGAUCAGUUCAGUACCAGGCUCUCAUUGUCUUGUCUCUCGCCACAGGAGCCUCGACCAGUCGAAGGAGGCUGAGAAUCCACAUCGAUUAACCACGGUAAAAUGAAGACUGAUGUCUGAUAAAAUACCAGAGCCGCAGAAGACUCAGCAAACCGCACUGUGGUGACGUCAGGACGACUUCCAUAGCUGCAGGUGGAGAUGCAGACGCAGUAACAGGAGGCGUCCAGCAGAGGACAAACAGUCUGCUGGCCAGAGGAGAAACACACUGUUUAGUCUUGUUUUGAAGUUUUAAUAAUAAAUCAAUUAUAAUAAACCUGA